AUGAAAAAGACUUAUCAAAGGAUCAGAGGGCAAGCAACUAAAAAAUGUGAUGAACCACUCGUGUCUGGACUCCCCCACAUGGCCUUUAGCAGCUCUUCAUCCAUGUCUGGUAGCUAUGCACCCGGCUAUGCCAAGAUAAACAAGCGAGGAGGUGCUGGAGGAUGGUCUCCCUCGGACAGUGACCAUUAUCAAUGGCUUCAGGUGGACUUUGGUAAUCGGAAGCAGAUCAGCGCCAUCGCAACCCAAGGACGAUACAGCAGCUCAGACUGGGUGACUCAAUACCGAAUGCUCUACAGUGACACGGGGAGAAACUGGAAACCUUAUCAUCAGGAUGGGAACAUCUGGGCAUUUCCUGGAAACAUCAACUCUGACAGCGUGGUCCGGCAUGACCUGCAGCACCCGGUGGUCGCCCGCUACGUGCGCAUGGUGCCGCUGGACUGGAACGGGGAAGGCCGCAUUGGACUCCGCGUCGAGGUCUAUGGCUGCUCUUACUGGGCAGAUGUUAUCAACUUCGAUGGCCACGUCGUGUUGCCAUACAGAUUUAGAAACAAGAAGAUGAAAACACUGAAAGAUGUGAUUGCCUUGAAGUUUAAGACCUCUGAGAGCGAAGGGGUAAUCUUGCAUGGAGAAGGGCAGCAAGGGGAUUACAUUACUCUGGAACUGAAGAGAGCCAAGCUGGUGCUCAGCUUAAACCUGGGAAGCAACCAGCUUGGCCCCAUAUAUGGCCACACAUCUGUGACAACAGGAAGCUUGCUGGACGACCACCACUGGCACUCAGUGGUCAUCGAGCGCCAGGGACGCAGCAUUAACCUCACUCUGGACAGGAGCAUGCAGCACUUCCGCACCAAUGGCGAGUUUGACUACCUGGACCUGGACUAUGAGAUCACCUUUGGAGGUAUUCCCUUCUCUGGAAAGCCAAGUUCCAGCAGCAGGAAGAACUUCAAAGGCUGCAUGGAGAGUAUUAACUACAAUGGCAUCAACAUUACAGAUCUGGCCAGAAGGAAGAAAUUAGAGCCCUCAAAUGUGGGGAAUUUGAGUUUCUCCUGUGUGGAACCCUACACUGUGCCUGUCUUUUUCAAUGCCACAAGUUACCUGGAGGUACCUGGACGGCUUAACCAGGACCUGUUUUCAGUCAGUUUCCAGUUCAGGACUUGGAAUCCCAAUGGGCUUCUGCUCUUCAGUCAGUUUGCAGAGAAUUUGGGCAACGUGGAGAUUGACCUCGCUGAGAGCAAAGUGGGCGUUCACAUCAAUGUCACGCAGACCAAGAUGAGCCAGAUCGACAUAUCCUCAGGUUCUGGGUUGAAUGAUGGACAGUGGCAUGAGGUUCGUUUCCUGGCCAAGGAAAACUUUGCUGUUCUCACCAUUGAUGGCGAUGAAGCCUCAGCAGUUCGAACUAACAGUCCUCUUCAGGUUAAAACUGGCGAGAAGUACUUCUUUGGAGGUUUUCUGAACCACAUGAAUAACUCAAGUCACUCUGUUCUCCAGCCGUCAUUCCAAGGGUGCAUGCAGCUCAUUCAAGUGGAUGAUCAGCUUGUAAAUCUGUACGAAGUGGCACAGAGGAAGCCGGGAAGCUUUGCGAAUGUCAGCAUCGACAUGUGCGCCAUCAUAGACCGAUGUGUGCCCAAUCACUGCGAGCAUGGGGGGAAGUGUUCGCAAACGUGGGACAGCUUCAAAUGCACUUGUGAUGAGACGGGCUACACGGGGGCCACCUGCCACAACUCCAUCUACGAGCCUUCCUGUGAAGCAUACAAACACCUUGGCCAGACAUCCAAUUACUACUGGAUAGAUCCUGACGGUAGUGGACCUCUGGGGCCUCUGAAAGUUUAUUGCAACAUGACAGAGGACAAAGUGUGGACCAUCGUGUCUCACGACUUGCAGAUGCAGACGACGGUGGUAGGCUACAACCCCGGAAAGCACUCGGUGACGCAGCUCGUGUACAGCGCCGCCAUGGACCAGAUCAGCGCCAUCACCAGCAGCGCCGAGUACUGCGAGCAGUACGUCUCCUAUUUCUGCAAGAUGUCGAGGCUGUUGAACACCCCAGACGGAAGUCCUUACACUUGGUGGGUCGGCAAAGCCAAUGAGAAGCACUACUACUGGGGUGGCUCUGGGCCUGGAAUUCAGAAGUGUGCCUGUGGCAUCGAGCGCAACUGCACGGACCCCAAGUACUACUGUAACUGUGACGCGGAUUACAAGCAGUGGAGGAAGGACGCUGGCUUCUUAUCCUACAAAGAUCACCUGCCAGUGAGCCAAGUGGUGGUUGGAGAUACUGACCGGCAAGGCUCAGAAGCCAAACUGAGCGUGGGUCCCCUGCGUUGCCAAGGAGACAGAAAUUACUGGAACGCAGCGUCUUUCCCCAACCCCUCGUCCUACCUGCACUUCUCGACUUUCCAAGGGGAAACCAGUGCUGACAUUUCUUUCUACUUCAAAACAUUGAUCCCCCGGGGAGUGUUUCUUGAGAAUCUGGGGAACACAGAUUUCAUCAAGCUCGAGCUCAAAUCUGCCACAGAAGUGUCCUUUUCAUUUGACGUUGGAAAUGGGCCAGUGGAGAUUGUAGUGAGGUCACCUUCCCCUCUCAAUGAUGACCAGUGGCACCGCGUCACUGCAGAGAGGAAUGUCAAGCAGGCCAGUCUGCAGGUGGAUCGGCUGCCCCAGCAGGUCCGCAAGGCUCCCACAGAAGGCCACACCCGCCUGGAACUCUACAGCCAGCUGUUUGUUGGUGGUGCUGGAGGCCAGCAGGGCUUCCUGGGCUGCAUCCGCUCCUUGAGGAUGAAUGGGGUGACUCUUGAUCUGGAGGAAAGAGCAAAGGUCACAUCUGGGUUCAAAUCCGGCUGCUCAGGCCACUGCACCAGCUAUGGGACGAACUGUGAGAAUGGAGGCAAAUGCAUAGAGAAAUACCACGGUUAUUCCUGCGAUUGUUCUAACACAGCAUAUGAUGGAACAUUUUGCAACAAAGAUGUGGGUGCAUUUUUUGAAGAGGGGAUGUGGCUAAGGUACAAUUUCCAGGCACCAACAGUCAAUGCCAAAGACUCGAGCAGAACAGAGAACUCUCCUGAGCAGCAGAACGGACCCCCAGACCUGGCCCACGAGGAGAUCCGCUUCAGCUUCAGUACCACCAAGGCGCCCUGCAUUCUCCUGUACGUCAGUUCUCUCACCACAGACUUCCUGGCCGUUCUUGUCAAACCCUCAGGAAGCUUACAGGUUCGAUACAACUUGGGUGGCACCAAAGAGCCAUAUAACAUCGAUGUGGACCACAGGAGCAUGGCCAACGGACAGCCCCACAGUGUGAACAUCAGCCGGCAUGAGAAAACCAUCACUCUUAAGCUGGAUCAUUAUCCUUCCGUGAGUUACUAUCUGCCGAGUUCAUCCGACACACUCUUCAAUUCUCCCAAGUCACUCUUCCUGGGAAAAGUUAUAGAAACAGGGAAGAUUGAUCAAGAGAUUCACAAAUACAACACACCAGGAUUCACGGGGUGCCUCUCCAGGGUCCAGUUCAACCAGAUCGCCCCUCUCAAGGCCGCCCUGAGGCAGACGAACGCCUCUGCCCACGUCCACAUCCAGGGCGAGCUGGUAGAGUCCAACUGCGGCGCCUCGCCACUGACACUGUCACCCAUGUCGUCUGCCACCGACCCCUGGCACUUGGACCACCUGGAUUCAGCCAGCGCUGACUUUCCAUAUAACCCAGGACAAGGCCAAGCUAUAAGAAACGGAGUCAACAGGAACUCGGCCAUCAUCGGAGGGGUCAUUGCUGUGGUGAUUUUCACUAUCCUCUGCACCUUGGUCUUCCUCAUCCGGUACAUGUUCCGUCACAAGGGCACCUACCACACCAAUGAAGCGAAGGGAGCGGAGUCGGCCGAGAGCGCGGAUGCUGCCAUUAUGAACAACGACCCCAACUUCACAGAGACCAUUGAUGAAAGCAAAAAGGAAUGGCUCAUCUGACGGGUGGCUAUUUGGCUAUGGGAUGGGGAGGAGGGAACUGCUAGGGAGGAGGGAAAGGGACAAAGGCACCCUGCUUCAUACACUCGAGCACAUCCUUAAAAUAUCAGCACAAGUUGGGGAAGGCUGCAGCAAAAUACUCUUGAGACUGAUCACUAAAAAAAAAAAAAAUACUUUUUAAUAUUUCUUUAUAGAUGAGUUUUCCCUUCUGUAUCAAAAUAAUACAAAAAAUGCUUUUAGAGUUUAAGCAAUGGUUGAAAUUUGUAGGUAAUAUCUGUCUUAUUUUGUGUGUGUUUAGAGGUGUUCUAAAAACCCAUGGUAACAGGGCAAGUUUUCUACAUUUUUGAGAGCCCUUAGAAUGUGGAUAUUUUUUCUUGAGAAAAGCUGAUACACAUACACAUGGCCUCCAACAUUCUCUUCCUUUUGCGUAUAGUCAACUUUUAAUGGGCUGUUGUAGUAACUAGUUUGUGUUCAUAUAUAAUAUUUUGAUUGGUGUCCUCUAAAUUGGAAAAGGAAAGAAAAGGGCAAAGAAACCUGUUACUCACCAGUUUUCAAAGAGAUCUCAAUCUAUGGCAGUUCUCUGAGGGUUCUGACAUCAGCAGUUGACAGAAGUAUGACACUUGCUGGGUAACCACAUAAUCGAUGCAACUGGAGAGGCACAUUGAAGAAACGGGGAAAGUAGUUUAUAUUGUGGUUGUUUGUUUUAUUUUUCAUUGAAUUCUACAAGAGAAUAUCGUUCCAUGUAUGUAUGUAGUCUUAGACCUAUUCAAUAUCUGUAACUAUCAGCUACAAUACCGUGGUGACCAGCUGUUACAAAUUUUUCUUCCUCUGUUUGACCUACAGUGUAUUGGAUUAUAUUAUAUGUAUAUAAGCACCUCGAUGGAGAAUUAGAGCCAGAUGUCAUGAAUCGUUUGCUCUGUUUCUUUUAUGGUUGUAACAAAAGGAUGGACACUUUAUAGUGAAUGCAUAAAUUAAGUUGCUCUUUUGAUUUUGCUUUAAACCCCUAGUAUUUAUACUCUUCUGACAAAAUCCUAGCAGCCAGUAUUCUCUGAAUGGACCUACCACAAUAAAGCCAAGUUAUUAUGGCUGUCACUCUGGAAUCAUGGAAAGCACUGCCAUAUGUUACAUCAGCUACUCCACAUGUCGUUCCAUCCAAAAUAGACACUCUACCAUGAUUCAGAGGGCUUCUAUGCCAGACAUCUUUGAACCUCAAGUUCCUCACUGAGUGACUGUUGCUUCUCAGAGGAAGUCAUUAUAUUUCUUUCUUUAUCAGAAAACUUGACCAACUUAUUUCAACAAAUAAUUCAUUGAUUUUAUUUAAAAAUAAAAGAUAAUCUAUAAGUAGGAACAGUCUUCCCUGUUUGUGCAACCAAAUUUUUUUAAAUUUAUUUAUGGUAAGAAAUGAAGAUCACACAAAAGUUAUUUCUAGACUGCCUUUUGUGAUCAUUUACUUCAGGCCUCUUAUAAAUUAAUAAGCACUUCUUAAAAAUAUAUGUAGACUCCAACAUUUUGAGGAAUUAAAUGGGAUCACUCUUUCUUUCUCCUCUAAGAAGAGGGUGAGAUGAAGGUGAAAAGGUGGAUGCUACUUUUCUGAUGGCCUGGCUUGAUAAAAUGGAAAUUCUAGUUUGUUAGGGUUAUAUAUAAAUACUUUUCAAGAUUCUCAAAAUACCCAGCUUAUCAGAGGUUCUUAAUUUCUUGGGUAGUGGAAAAUGUUACCUAGAGCUGCUAAUGGCACAUUACCCCGGUGUGUAACAUGUCCCAAAGGAGACGUGGGCCCAGUGCAUUCCCAUUUAAGUCAAGUAACAGAACAAAAGGGAACCCUCAUACCUUUUAUGAGUUGCUGGUCGACCUCAGGCAUGUUCAUGAACACCUUUCAUUUAAAAAGGUCUUCAUCAUUCUUCUAUAAAACACAAUUAAAAGGGAAAAGUAGUUAAUGUGAGUAAAUAUCACAAUGAUGUAACAUUGAAAGCAAAGGCUGUUUUAUUCAAUGUAGACAUAUCACUGAGUUUCAGAAAUGUUUGAUUGCUUUAAGCCUAUUUUGUAGGUGUUACUUCUGUACUUAACUAACCAUGCCAGGUGGAAAUUUAUGAUGACUUUCUACCACAGUUUGAUUCUUUAUGCGUUGUCUGGUAUUUUUUUCUUUUUUCUCAAAGUGAUUCGUGGAUUGAAACCACCCAAAGCACCCCCUGCUACCAGAAUGUUCUUAUCCUUUCUCUUCCCUCACUUCUUUCCUCCUUCCUGCCACAUAAGAUGAAAAAUAAGGUCUAACCCGCCUCUCACCAAAUUUUCAAACCUAAGGCUCUGAAGUGACUGCAGGGACCCAUGGUUCUUCCAUAUCUUCAUUAUGUAAGGUGCUCAAAGACCAGGAUGGGUACGGUAUCCAGUAACUGAAUAAGCACUAGAUGAGUGUUGGAAAUCUCCACCUCUCCUUGGGAUUCUGAUUUAACAAAAUAUCUGUGUCUAUUUAUGAAGGCCAUGUCCAGUGCAUUCUAAAUGGUAAAUAAUUUGCUCAUGGACAAAAAGAAAAAUGAACCCUGUUGCUCAACUCCCUCCCUUGACACUUUCGCACAAUGCAGCCGCCAUAACUGACCCAGACCUAUACCUAAUCUUGCUUUGCCACUCACAUCCCACAAAAUCUUGACCUCUAUAUCCCAAUCCAUUAUCAAUGAAGCACAGCUAGGCUAGUGUUAGCCUUUUUAAAUAAAAGAAUAGAACAAAACUACACAAGAGGCUGUUUUAAAGUCUCAGGGAAAUUUGACGGCUGAUUUAGGGCUGUUUGUGCAGGAAAUAUCCUCUGUGUAUAAGCAAACAUCUAUGUUUUGAGAAGCCAGAAGUAAGGGACUGGGAAUGAAUACCAGAUUAGUGCCAUUCCUUGCUCUUACACUAGCAUCUUCCCUAGAGCUCAAGGGAGCUAGCUAAGGAAAAAGAAGAAAGUAUUUCAUCGUUAAAUCAUUCUCUGGCCCUUCUUAAUAUUUAAGACUGUAUUUCCCCUCAUGGAUUUCAACUAGCCGCUCAAAAAGAGAGACUUAUUAUGUGGAAAUAUUUAUCGAAGAGCUGGACACAAGACUUCGCAGUGCCUUGGUUAGUGAAGUUCUUGUUGCCCUGCAUUUGAGAAGCCAGCAUUCAGAGGCACAGGAAUAACUCUUGGCAUGAGCCAAAGAAUAGAUAUUGAUGUCAGUUGACCCUCUGAUGAGCUGCCACUCAGUGCAAUUGAGAGCUGGGCACAAAGACACAAACCAUAGGAAGCACUUCAGGGGUUAGCCAUGGCUUGGUGGUUAAGGUGACCAGAUCCCACAUAGGCAACUCUGUGGUUCUAGUCCUGGAUUUGGCUGUAUGUAAAAACAUGUCUGGUAUGUGUGUGUGUGUGUGUGCAUGCCCAAAAUCCCAAAAGGAGGGAGAGAUGAAGAAGGGAUUGCAGCAUUCACUGUGAGGGAUGCUUUCUUUCCAUCUAUCUUCACUCCCUCUGGUAAACUAGAAAAAAGAGAGAGAGUGAAGAAAAAGUGUUUCAGGAAAAAAACAAAUCAUUAUGGGAUAUGAAAGUGCAAAUGCUUGGUUAGUGUCAAAGAGAAACUCUUAUCUCUUUCAGUGACAGGGUCUGUUCCAUCUUCUCCCUUGUUCUUUCUCCUUCUCUUCUCUACAUCGUAUCCUCCUCUCAUGAUGAAAUGUUUUAAUAGUCCCUUUGUGACUCAUACUGCCAAACAAUGAACACCUCCUAAUAUGUUUUUUCUUCCACCAUCCCAUCAAGCAGUUUUCAAAAAGAAAGGCAGCAAUUACUGAACUGAAUUUGAGUCACCCCCAGCAGAACCACUGAUCCUGAACUUGGUGAGAAAUAAAAUAACAAUGUACCCAGCUGAUGUGACUAGAAACCAAGGGGUACCAUCUUCAAAUGAUGUUCUAUGAGAGUGGACUCUGGGAAUCAGUUGCCCGAGUCCUACCAUUUCUCUCCUUGCCUUGUUCUGUGACCUUGCUCAAGUCCCUGGACUUACCUUUAUGUCCCUUAUUUAAGAUAAAUCUGUUCUACCCACUUCGUAAGACAACUGUGAGGUGCCAUUGAUUCUUGACCAUACACUUGGAAACCCAGACAUUAAGGCCAACUCAAUGGAGCCUACUGGAAGUCUUACUUCCUGCCUUGUGAUCGGAAAGUCCCAUCAAAAGCAACAAUGCAGCCACAUCUGGGAUAUGGAGACUUCUAGGGCAUUGCUGUACCACUGCUAAGUUAUUAUUAGGUGGACUGAGAGAUACAACACAGCCAGAAGCCAAAAAAAUCAGAAUUUUUGUUCAUAAAGCCUGAAUUGCUAUUGGACAUGACUUUCGGUUCAUCUUACCUAUUCUUACACAGCUCCCCUCCCCAUGUGAAUAGCCAUGCUUAUAAAUAAGCCAGCACAGAACACAGAUGUGACGGUUUUGUGAUGCCUGAUAGCUCUGGGCCUAACUACACAUAUUCUAUGUGAGAAGGUUGGAACCUUUAGAGCACAUUCAUCUCACAGCAGUAUUAUUUUCUAAGAGUGGUUCAUCAAACUCAUUGUAUAUGAAAUGGGGAAAUGGAUUGUUGCCUCCCAUUGAGCAAAGACUGGUUUGCACCAUGUGUUGACAACUGCUGGUUUCUGAUACCUGUGAAAAUAUGGAAGUUCCUCUGGGGGAGGCCAAGAAACCAUUCUAAAUGUAUUGAUUCCAAGUUUUGUUUUGUCGGAUUUUUUUAAUUCUGUAAGUGAGCACGAUGACUGCGGAGGUUAGAGCUGUGAAAAGCUGGGCUAAAUAUUCUUUCUGUAAACUCAAUUAGGAUUCCAUCCCUGUGGAACAACACAAAAUGUCACUCUCUAAAAGCAACAGCAUGUAAACUAGAAUGAAAGAAGGAAAUUAUGUAUGUAUGCCUAAUAUUCUUUGUGAAUGUCUUUCAUUUAACUAAAAUUAUAUUAGAA